UUUUUCAUUCUAAGAAUAAUAGUCGGCUGUUGCCUAAUAUAGUCCUUGUACAUCAAAGCACUAGCUCACUUCACAGUCCCAGCCGAAAUGCCUCCUCGAGUUUUAGAACCCAUCACUCACUCACCACCACCACCACGACCACCACCACUUGCCCAUAAUGGACCUAACAAACCCAAUAGCCUCUCCCUUCAGGGUCCUAAAACAACCCACCAUUCCAUGCACAUUUCUCUGCGGACGGAGCAACCCUUGGAUUCAAGCACAUAUGCCUCAAUUCUUGAAUCUUGUAAAUGCCCAAGUUUUGGGAAGCAGAUACAUGCCCACGCAAUUAAAUCUGGGUUUCAUGGUCAUGAAUUUAUAGAAACCAAGUUGCUCCAAAUGUACGGGAGAUGUGGCUGUUUGGAAUAUGCGAAUUUGUUGUUUGAAACAAUGCCGCUUAGAAACUUGUAUUCUUGGACUGCCAUUCUCAGCUUGCAUGUGGAUCAAGGGCUCUUUGAGGAAGCUGUUUUUCUCUUUCAAGAAUUACAAUUAGUAGAUGUUGGGUUGGAGUUUUUCGUGUUUCCAGUAGCCUUUAAGAUUUGUAGCGGUCUUGGGAUGGUAGAACUUGGAAGACAGUUACACGGGCUUGUGGUGAAGUAUCAGUUUGCUUCAAAUAUAUAUGUGGCUAAUGCUCUGAUAGAUAUGUAUGGAAAAUGUAAAAGCUUAGAUGAUGCUAAGAAGGUUUUAGCAAAGAUGCCCAAAAAGGACUGUGUUUCAUGGAAUUCUAUUGUCACGGCUUGCGCUGCCAAUGAGAUGGUUUAUGAGGCGUUGGGGUUUCUGGAAAGAAUGUCUUUGGAUAAUUCGAUGCCCAAUCUUGUUUCUUGGAGUGCAGUUAUUGGAGGGUUUUCGCAGAAUGGUUAUGAUGAAGAAGCCAUUGAGCUGCUUUACAGAAUGCAAGCAGCAGGAUUUGAACCAAAUGCGCGAACCCUAGCAAGCGUUCUUCCUGCUUGUGCUAGACUAGAAAAGCUAAGCCUUGGCAAGGAACUCCAUGGGUAUAUUACAAGACACGGGUUUAUGUCUAACCCUAUUGCUGUGAAUGGACUAGUUGACAUGUAUAGGAGGUGUGCUGAUAUGGGGAGUGCUUUCAAGAUAUUUUCAAAGUUUUCAAUGAAAAAUGCUGUCUCAUACAAUACAAUGAUUGUUGGGUACUGCGAGAAUGGUGAUAUCUCCAAGGCCAAGGAGCUGUUUGAUCAGAUGGAGCUGGCUGGCAUUGGGAAGGAUAUAAUUUCAUGGAACUCGAUGAUUUCUGGAUAUGUGGAUAGCUUCAUGUUUGAUGAAGCUUUGAGCAUGUUUCUAGAUUUACUGAUGGAAGGGUUUGAACCUGAUUCGUUUACUCUAGGAAGCGCUCUUAGUGCUUGUGCUGAUCUGGCUUCUUUGAGACAAGGGAGGGAAGUACACUCUGUUGCCAUUGUUAGAGGUCUGCAAUCUAACAUCUUUGUCGGUGGAGCUUUGGUAGAAAUGUACUGUAAAUGCCAAGACUUAGAGGCAGCUCAAAUGGCUUUUGAUGAAGUAGGUGAAAGGGAUACAGCAACUUGGAAUGCUUUAAUCUCUGGCUAUGCAUACUGCAAUAAGAACGAACAUAUUCAAGAUCUUAUUCAGAAGAUGAAAGGAGAUGGGUUUGAGCCAAAUGUGUAUACAUGGAACGGCAUUAUUUCUGGGCAUGUCGAAAAUGACCAUUAUGAUUUAGCCAUGAAAUUGUUCACUGAAAUGCAGACUUCAAAUUUGAAGCCUGAUAUAUACACAAUUGGAAUAAUUUUACCAGCAUGCUCGAGGUUGGCAACGAUUGAGCGAGGUAAGCAGGUGCAUGCACAUUCAAUCAGAUGUUGUUAUGAUUCGGACAUCCACAUCGGAGCAGCGCUUUUGGACAUGUAUGCGAAAUGUGGAAGUAUAAAGCAUGCGUUGCUGUCUUAUAACAGGAUCAAGCACCCUAAUUUGGUUUCUCAUAAUGCCAUGCUUACAGCAUAUGCCAUGCAUGGACAUGGAGAGGAGGGAAUUGCAUUGUUUCGUAGAAUGUUGGAAGGUGGUUUUAAACCAGACCAUGUGACUUUUCUAUCAGUUCUCUCAUCAUGUGUCCACGCCGGAUCACUCGGAACAAGUCAUGAAUUCUUUGAUAUGAUGGGAUAUUAUAAUGUGAAACCCACACUGAAACACUAUACAUGUAUGGUUGAUCUCUUAAGUCGUGCAGACCGGCUAAUGGAAGCUUAUGAACUUACUAAGAAAAUUCCAACCGAACCUGAUGCAGUAUUGUGGAGUGCUUUGCUUGGAGGAUGUGUUGUCUGGGGCAAUGUUGCAUUAGGAGAAGUGGCAGCAGAACGGCUCAUAGAGUUGGAACCACAAAAUACUGCGAACCAUGUUCUGUUAGCAAACUUAUAUGCUUAUGCAGGGAGAUGGGAUGAUGUAGCUAAAACAAGACAGAUGAUGAAGGGUAGAGGAAUGCAGAAGAGCCCGGGAUGCAGUUGGAUUGAAGAUAAAAAUGAGGUUCAUGUUUUUCUUGCAAAUGAUAAAUCACACAAGCAAGCAGAGGAGAUAUAUUCUACUUUGAAUAAUUUGAUUAUUCACAUGAAAAGAGGGCCACAAUAACAAGA